CAACAAGCACGGCUACAACCUCUACAUCAGGAGGACCGAGACCUAGUACUAGAACUCCAACUCUUGGAACUACUGCUUCCGCAGGUACUACUACAACUACAAGGACUACGAGUAGUACUCGAAUAGCCGCGUUGACAACACUGUGGGGUGAGUAUUUGUUUCCACAACUUCUUCGGGCAGCACAGCAGCCGAGUGAAGGAGGCAUGGUCCAAUUAGCGCACUCGCAAGUGCUGCCGCAUAUAGUUUAAGGCUUGCCGUAAUUCAUCUUAAGAGGCAUCUUUGGGCACGAUUCUAACUGUCUGUCUUUUGACCCCAAAGGGGAGCAAAGCUGCACCCCUUUGUGACCUCGGUUUCGUGCUUCAAAGAUGCACUUUAAGAUGAAUAUGGAUAAGGUCUAAAUAGUGCACGUCUGCGAGUUCUUUAUUCAGAACGAUACCUCGUCCGAG